AAGCCGGAGCGCAGCAGUUCGUCACCUCGCGCGCAGGCACCGGCCGAGGCAAGUGCGGUGCCUCCCCCGCGGCCCGCGGGUGCAAGGGAGGAGGAGGUGCACCGUGCACGGCACGAGUGACUGAUCGCGGUUUCCCCGCGCCUCUCCACGGCGCCGCGCUGCGCCCCAAACCCCCGUGCUCGGCACCCCUGGCCCCUCGUCAGCUUGCGUUGUUUACCGCACCUCUGCCCCCGCGCGCGCUCGUCGCCGCCAUCGUGUUAACUCCUGCGCGCACCCAUUGCCGCGCGCGGCGCGCGACCCCUCGAUCACAGAGCACCGUCUGCUGUUGCUGCGCCGGCCGCCACAACUCACCAGCCGGCCCGCGCUCCACCUCUCGGCGGACGCGCCAAGCCCGAAGGAACACAGCAACCGGCAGCAUGGGUCCGGGCCCACGCCGCACGCGAUGGUUCGAUUCUGCGCGCACCAAGGCCUCCCUGAACAAACCUACGGGCGCUGCCGCUUUGAACUGAAUAAUCGAAGCGACAAGCCAGACGCGGACGGCCGGGGGGAUAAACUCAAAGCUGAGCCCGCGGCGCCUGAUCGGGAAAUAGAUCGCCGUCGGGUGGCCGCUGUGGCCACCGGACCGUGGCCCCAUGUACGCCGCCGCUCGCCGUCUCCUCUCCUCCCGAGCCCGCACUUGCGCCGCGGCGGCGUGGGCGCCCUCCUACUACUACUCCCACUCCGCGGCGUCGUCCCCGUCGCGGCCUAGGUUCCCGACGCCCAGGGAGAUCCGCAGGGGCUUGGACGAGUUCGUCGUCGGCCAGGACAAGGUCAAGAAGGUUCUCUCUGUUGCUGUGCACAAUCACUACAAGAGGAUAUACAAUGAGUCCUCGAACAAACGUUCUAGGAAAAGUUUGCCGUGCGGUGGUGUUGGUACGAGUGGGGAUGAUGAGAUUGAGCUUGAAAAGAGUAAUAUCCUUCUGAUUGGGCCAACAGGGUCAGGUAAAACGCUGUUAGCUAAAACGUUAGCUCGCUUUGUGAAUGUGCCAUUCGUGAUUGCUGAUGCAACAACAAUUACACAGGCUGGAUAUUCUGGUGAAGAUGUGGAAUCUGUAAUCUACAAACUUCUAGUGGCUGCUGACUUCAAUGUUGAAGCUGCAGAGCGUGGCAUUGUGUACAUUGACGAAGUUGAUAAGCUCACAAAGAAGGCUGAAUGUCGUGAGGACCGAAGAGAUGUCUCUGGAGAGGGUGUCCAGCAAGCAUUAUUAAAAAUAUUUGAAGGAAUAGUCAUCAAUGUGCCAAGAAAAAGAAGUCGAGAUAAUAUAUCCCAUGGGUAUGUUGAGGUGGAUACAAGAAAUAUACUUUUUAUUUGUGGAGGUACCUUUUCUGGCUUGGGAAAGAUGGUCAUAGAAAGACAUCAACACUGUCCUUUUGGAUUUGGCAUACAAAUAUGUCAUGAUUUGCGGAACCGUGGUUGGACAACUGCUCUUCAGGAAUCUUGCUAUAUUGAUGCUAUUGAGAAUGAUGAUCUGAUCGCCUACGGCCUGAUCCCAGAAUUCAUUGGAAGGUUGCCAAUAACAGUUGGCCUGACAAAUCUCAGUGAAGAGCAAUUGGUCCAGGUGCUCAGGGAGCCCAAAAACGCAAUAGGAAAGCAAUACAAAAAGUUGUUCAAAAUGAACGAUGUUAAGCUUCAUUUUACUGAAAAUGCUAUGCGGCUAGUAGCAAAGAAAGCAGCUGCAAGAGAAACUGGUGCCCGUGGACUACGAUCCAUAAUGGAGGACAUUUUGACAGAAGCAAUGUUUGAGAUUCCUGAUGCAAAAGAGGGGAAAGAGAAGAUAAUAGCUGUUCUUGUCGACGAAGAGUCCGUAGGGCCGCCGCACCAUCGAGGAUGUGGAGCCAAAAUUUUCCGUGAUGAUGGAGCCUUGGAACUGUAUGUUUAUCAGAACAACAUCAAACUGCCGGGACUGAUUCAGAGCAACCCCAGACGCGGUCGCAUUUUCCGUCUCUGCCUUCUAGUAGCAUUAUCGGCGACUAAGCUUUGGAUCUACCAGACAUUACCUUGUUUUUCCUCGAUAUAUGAUUGGACUGGAUUAAUGCUGUGCAAGGCAAACGUUUUUACGCAAUGAAAUAUAAUAAGGCUUAUUUUCGUGUCA